AUGAUUUUUAGAAUUAAAACCAUGUGUGAGGGUGUCAGAAAUGUUCUUCAAAAAUAUCGAUCAGGAAAAUUGCCCAAGGCUUUUAAAAUGAUACCUCAUUUACAAAAUUGGGAGCAGAUCUUGUAUAUAACAGAACCAGCUACAUGGUCAGCAGCAGCAAUGUAUCAGGCAACCAGAAUUUUUGCAUCUAAUUUAAAAGAAAAAAUGGCACAAAGAUUUUACAAUUUGGUCCUGUUACCCCGUGUUAGGGAUGAUCUGGCUGAAUAUAAGAGGUUGAACUUCCAUCUCUACCAAGCUCUGAGGAAAGCACUUUUUAAGCCUGGAGCUUUCAUGAAGGGAAUUUUACUUCCGUUAUUAGAGGCUGGUGAUUGUACACUUAGAGAGGCCAUAAUUAUAGGAUCGGUAUUGGCUCGUAAUUCAGUGCCGGUGUUACAUUCUAGUGCAGCAAUGUUGAAAAUAGCUGAGAUGGACUACACUGGUGCAAAUUCAAUAUUCCUCAGGAUUUUAUUCGACAAGAAAUAUGCCUUACCAUACAGAGUUGUUGAUGCCGUUGUUUUCCAUUUUCUAAGAUUUCAAUCCACUCCCGUGGUGUUGCCAGUGUUGUGGCAUCAAGCAUUAUUGACCUUUGUGCAACGUUAUAAGGCUGAUAUUUCUACAGAACAGAGAGAUGCUAUUCUAGAAUUGUUGAAAAAACAAUAUCAUCCCACUAUAACUGCUGAGAUACGAAGAGAAUUACAUGCAGCACAAUGCAGAGACAUUGAAGCAAAUGAACUAACAUCAAACCACAUGGUAGUGGAAUAAAUACACAUGGAAAUAAAUGCUUAUAAAAUAAGAAA